CUUUUCAUGAUAGACAACUGCGCCGAUGACUGGCGAAUCGCCAUGACCUGGCAAAGGAUAUCACAGAUAACAAUGGAACUAGUGAUAUGUGCUGUGCAUCCGAUUCCGGGACAUUAUCUGUUUGUGUGGACAACAAAACUAGCUAAUAAAAACGGUGGUAUUGGAAGAAAAUGCGUUCCGUACGAUGUGCCCUUGUCUUUGCCGAUGUUUCUCAGGCUCUACUUGAUUUGCAGAGUAAUGUUACUCCACAGUAAACUGUUCACGGAUGCCUCAUCGCGAAGUAUAGGUGCGCUCAAUCGAAUUAACUUCAAUACAAGAUUUGUGUUAAAAACCCUCAUGACUAUCUGUCCCGGUACGGUACUUCUAGUCUUCAUGGUAUCCCUCUGGAUCAUUGCCAGCUGGACGUUAAGACAGUGUGAAAGGUUCCACGACGAAGAACACGCAAACCUUCUUAACGCCAUGUGGCUGAUCGCAAUAACAUUUCUGAGCGUCGGCUUCGGAGACAUAGUUCCUAACACGUACUGUGGAAGGGGCAUUGCGGUCAGCACCGGUAUUAUGGGAGCCGGUUGUACAGCCUUAUUAGUAGCGGUAGUUUCAAGAAAAUUAGAAUUAACGAGAGCAGAAAAACAUGUACAUAAUUUUAUGAUGGACACGCAGCUCACAAAACGGUUGAAAAACGCAGCUGCGAAUGUCCUGAGGGAAACCUGGUUGAUUUAUAAACAUACAAGGCUAGUGAAAAGAGUUAACCCAGGUAGAGUUCGAACUCAUCAAAGAAAAUUUCUACUCGCUAUUUACGCGUUGAGGAAAGUUAAAAUGGACCAACGUAAAUUAAUGGAUAAUGCCAAUACCAUCACAGAUAUGGCCAAGACCCAAAACACUGUAUAUGAAAUAGUUUCUGACAUGAGCACAAGACAGGAUACUUUGGAAGAUAGACUCAGUACAAUGGAAGAUAAACUGGUAGCACUUCAAGAACAACUAGAUCUUCUACCUGACAUGAUAGCUACCAGAAUACAGUCUCAGCAAGAAAAAAUCGAACAGCGACGAAACUUCCUUCAUCCAGAAUCAGCGGCAGGUCUCCAACAGGCCCGAAGUGUACCUCCUGGAUGCCCUUGGCCUGGUCCAACAGUAUUACCGCCUCUGGGAAAGUCUUGUAUUCCUCCAUCAUCUGGACAGAGUUGACUCACUUAGAGAGUUACCUUCUGAGAGCAGUAUUUAGUUGCAUAUAAAACCUAUACUUUGUAUGAGUGACAUGGAUUGAGUUCCAUCAUUUCAUAUCAAGACAAUUUUUUUAAAUUGUACUUUGCCAAUGCUUUCGCUCUAAAUUCUCAGGACAUCUGACUGUAGUGUAGUUCAUUUGAGAUUGACUCUACCUUGGUAUAUUUCAUAUUCUCGAAUAUUUUUUUUCCUUCAUAUUUAAUAUUUUCUCAAAAUUCAUAUUUCACAUGAUUAGAGAGCCUUUCUAAGGAAAAAUGUUUUGAAAUACCCAAAG